AUGCAUAGAGGAACAGAACGAACUUCAUAUAUCUCUUUUCCACUCAAUCCAGAAACAAGAUCGGACGUUAUUCCGGUUCGUCUCCAUUUUAGUGAAACUCUUCCUCAAGCAAGGCAGCCGAUAAGUCAUCGAAGGCUUUUUGUUAAUAAUGUAAUAGUCAGCAUUACUUCUUUUCAAGUUUCCCAAGGUGAUUUCAUAUCUUUUAAAGAAAAUGAUACUCUAAUCUAUUCAGAAAUAAGGAGAUCCUUCUAUAUCGAAAUUUCAGUUUCUAAAAUCAUAGGAAAAUUCCUGGAUAGCCCGGUAAGAAUGUGGAGAAGAACCAAAACGGAAUGGUUCCGCUUACUUAAAACUAAGAGGGGAUGCCGCCUACUACUGAAAGACCCGUUUUUGCAACAGUUGCGUUCUUCUAUGCAAGACGAAGACUUAGAAAGAACAAAGAAGUUUGGAUCCGAAAAAGUAUGCUUAGGCAGUUCUUUCGCCGAGCACAAGAGAAUAAAGAGGCAUUUUUAUCAUUUCAAAUCGAUAUUCUUAUCGAAGAGAAGGAACGAAAAAACCCUAAAUCUUACUACUAGAAAAAGAAGUCCUAUAGUUUACAACUCUUCUUUCUAUAGUAAUUUGACCUCUUGCUCCACCCAUCAGUCUUCUAUGAAGAGAAAAAUAAAAAGCUCUUCCCUAUCUACUCAUUAUUCGGAGGUGAAUCAUAGAACACUAAAAGCUGUGCUAUCUUAUGGACCUAACAUAGGUCACAUCCCUCACGUGCGCCAAGAGCACAUUCGAUAG